CUCGUUGCUGUUGCUUUUAUAAAGCAGCUCUCUCAGGCGAUCAGUUUGCAUCCUGAUGUGAAUUAGUGUGUUAGUGGUCAUCUAAAUGAUUGAAACCAUAUUAAAUUAACGCAUAGCAGAUUAAGCACAUGGGAAAAUCACUGUCAGAGCAGGCUGCAUCGAAACCAUACCAGGGUGUGAGAGUCAAAGACCCUGUGAAAGAGCUGCUGCGCAGAAAGAGAGGAAAUACAGCCAGAACAGUGCCCCCAACUGCAGUGGUGAUUCCCAACAAUACUUUGCCAUCAUAUACACAUGUUGGGUCUUCUGGUUUCCUGGGAAGCAGCCAAAGUGCUCUGAAUGACACGUCUGUAGAUGUCGGAGCGCUGUGUCCUGGAUGGGUUGCUCAGCCCAGCAGCACAGCUGCUUUUCAGCCCCUGGGUCACUGGGCUCCUUCUGAAUAUUUCCAACAUGAGCAGAGCCUCUCCACCCUCCCCCCCCUUACAAGUGACAUGUAUGUCCAGCCUGUUUGUCCCAGUUAUGCAGUGGUGGGUCCGUCCUCUGUUCUUACAUUUGCCCACGCCCCUCUUUUCACCAACCUCGGGACCAUAAGCUCCUCCAGUUCAGGCCUGCCCCAGAUAGAUGUCCAAGAUGGCUCACUGGCAUACAUUCCAUGGGCCCCACCCAUGUCCCCCUGCCCACAAAAUGUUGCUCCCCAGCCCCUGGCCAUGCCUGUGCCUGUGUCUGAACCAGAACCUCAGCAAAAAGAGCCUGCUCCAACCUCAGAUGGAACCCUUGCUCUGGAGAAACUUCUGGAAGAGGAUGAAGAUCAGAAAGAGCCCUAUGCUUGCAGUCCUUCACUGUUUACACAAGACAUUUAGAAUCCCUUAAACCACUUUUAUACCUUUGCACUUCUAGGUGCAAAGAAUUGUUAUCUGUGAGCUAUGGAGUCUGCAUUUAACCCAUAAAUAAUAUAUUCAUCUAUAUGAUUCAUACUGUAUGUCUUUUUAAUUGUUAAGAAAAAUGCCUUUUCAUUUACAGAAAUGAUUUUCUUUUUUACCUCGAGGUACAGGUUUUAUCUUAAGUUUUGUUUUAGGCUGUUGGGGCUAAAUAAAGACACAAACUUGUUUUGUAAAUACAAAAAGCACUUAAAAGUUCAAGUCAGUUAUAUUUCUAUGUUUCUAUGUGUUUGAGUUCAAACAAAUUUCAUCUGAGAAUCAUUUUACUCUUCUUUUCUGCUUUGUUUUUCCUAAAGCUAAAGAAAAAGACUUUUGUUUGUUUUCCUACAAAUAUAUCCUAUCCUUUCAUAUCCUGUAAGAAGAGAUAUAUUUUCUCCAUAGGUUACAUAAAUUUUAUAAAUGCCCUGGGAGACCCUCAAGCUCUCUCGCUAGAUGAGAUGUUUGGGUCGGAAACAAACAAUUUGCUGAAGAGACUUUUAUCUCAUCAUCUUGACACAACCAUUGUCCUUUACCUAGGGGUGCCAGUUUUACAGUGUGUUCCCACAACAUUUUCUCUGGCCCUAGCUGUCAUACCUGCACCUGCUCUUCAGCUGUCAGCUUAACCAAGCUUUCAUUAUAGAUAGGAUAAACAUAUACCCAAAGACAAUAAAGAAAUGUUUAUUUCUGUCUUGA